GGCCCCAAGCCCCGGCCCUGAGGGAGCGCGGUGGGGACGCACUGCCUUCUGCCUGGAAGUGUUGGGCAGGUGGUGGGAAAUCCUCAGCUUGGACAAUAGAGUUUUUUAAGCAAGUGCCUGUUUCUGUCGUUUUUACUCUAGGGUUUUGGCCAAAUUGGGCGAGGGCACAAAAUAACCACUUACCCCUUCUCACCGAGGAAGAGCGGGAGAAAGGGUAUGGCCCAGUCACAAGGGUGGAUGAAAAGAUAUGUCAAGGCCUUUUGUAAAGGCUUCUUUGUGGCAGUGCCCAUGGCAGUGACAUUCUUGGAUCGGGUCGCCUGUGUGGCAAGAGUGGAAGGAGCAUCAAUGCAGCCUUGUUUGAAUCCUGGGGGCAGCCAGUCAUCUGAUGUGGUACUUUUGAACCAUUGGAAAGCAAGGAAUUUUGAAGUACAGCGUGGUGACAUUGUGUCACUGGUGUCUCCUAAAAACCCAGAACAGAAGAUUAUUAAGAGAGUGAUUGCACUUGAAGGAGAUAUUGUAAAAACCAUGGGACACAAAAAUCGGUAUGUUAGAGUCCCCCGUGGUCACAUCUGGGUUGAAGGUGAUCAUCACGGACACAGCUUUGACAGUAAUUCUUUUGGACCGAUUUCCCUGGGACUUCUGCAUGCCCAUGCUACACAUAUCCUGUGGCCUCCAGAGCGCUGGCAGAAAUUGGAAUCUGUUCUUCCUCCAGAGCGCUUACCCGUAUGGAAUGAAGAGGAUUGACCUGAGCUGUUGGGAUUGGACGCCCAGUUACUAUAAGAAGGAUAAAGAAAGGGAACCUCCAAAAGGGAAAAGCUUCCAGCAAUACAACGCUGUGCAAGAAACAUUUCUAUCACAUUAAGAUAAUCACAGACCUUUGAGAAUAUGAAAAUAUUGUACCCAUAAGUCUUAAUGGGGUUAAUCUUAAAUUAUUUGUUUUGCAUGCUUAUUCUACUGAUUGUUUGGUUUUUUUGGUACUUCUGCUGAGAGAAUUCAAAAAUUAAUAUUUGACAGAAAUCAUUUAUUUGCCAUUUACUGUUAAGAUGGAACAAGAAAAAACAUAUAUGUGAUGAUAGGAAUUACUUUGAUUGUGAUUGUCAUUAUCUACAAUGUAGUAACUGCCAACUAUGAAGAAGAGUAAACUAUAAUAUUAAAAUAAAACAGUGAUUUA